AUGGCGGCAGAAGAAGAGUUAGACAAGUACAAGCGCCUGUACGAGGAACAAAAAGCAAAGGUGAAGGACUUGGAACGCCAGAACCUCCAGCUGAAGGACACCGUCCAGCACCUCAUGGAGGUGGGCCGGCAGCAGGGAUCAGCAGCCGGCGCCACCACCCCCACCACCAGCACCAACAGAGGCCCCCCGCCUCCCGGACCCGCGGGCAAUAACUCCCGCAACACCGCCCGCGCGAGGCCCGCACCCACCGCCUCCAACAAUCGAAACCCCCCGGCGCCGCCGCAGGCAGGCGGGCGAGGAGGUGGGCGGGGCAACGGCGUGGCGAGCGCUAGUAAUAGCACUGCGGCAAGCCAGCGCGGCGGGGGCCACGCUAACUCGGGCGGAGGCGGCGAGCGGGGAGGGGGCGGGCAGGAGCCGGCCCCGGGAAGCGCGGCAGCCGCGGCGGCGGCGGCAGCGGCGGGCUUGGCAGCGGCGCGGGCGGCUGCCAAGGCGGAGCCGCCUCCGGAGCCCGAUGUACGAAGCGAGAUCGUCGCCAUGAUGCGGGAGGCCAGCAUGAGCAAGGACAAGGACAAGCUAGAGGGAGCCAUAAAGAAGGCGGAGGACGCCGGCCUCCAUUUCGAGGCCAGCCAGGGGCGGCGUCAGCUGGGCCGGAUAGUUGGGUGAUGAUGACUUAUGUAUGAUCACCGUCGUCGUCAUUUCUAGUGAUGAGAGUUCCCGCGUUUAUCGUCUGUGGGGGGACAGCUUGGCUGGUACUGUUGUAAUUGUGGAGUUGUGUGAGUUUCUAGACUAGGGGUCGGACGGGAGGGUAGUGAGUGGACGGGCAGCAAGUCGGGCGGUGCACUGCAACGCCGCGGUGUUUGUUUUUUUUACUCGCCCCCCCGUUGGUAUUGCGCAUGGUCUAUACCUGUGCGCGUUGGGUGGGGGGAACGUGUGGGAUGUAAAGGGGGCGGAGAAAAUCGGCGAACGUUUUAUGGCCAGCGGUUUUUCCGCCGCUCUUUGCCUCCGUUGGAAAUCACCCGCUUAGUAGUGUGCUGUAGAGGUGUUUGUGUAUGUAGCGGACUUCAUGUGAGCGUCAACAAGAAGGGCCUGCGCGGGAAUGUAGCGAGUAGUGCGUACCCCCAACGGCCCGGUGACUUUCGUGUGUGAAGGCUACUGUUGUGAGACUACGCCCCAGCACGCACGUGACCCCCCACCGGGCGCCACUACCCCACCGCAGUACUGCUGCCGUUGUGUGUGGCGAUGGUUUUGUCCUUCGUGGCGGAAAAGUAAGUACCAAGAAAUAGACAGAUUAGAGGGAAAAACGCUCUUGGCGUUUUUUUUCCUGCGGGCGGGUCUGCGAAGAGUCACACCACACGGCAGUGCGCUCAACCUUUCAUUGUCCCGCCGCGUUCUCGCAUUUCGCAUUCUCGAUACACGCGCGGACUCUUUUGUCACCCAAUCAAGGAACAAACAC